AUGACAGAAUUGACGGUUACCACUCUACGCGCUUUUUGACGACGUCAUACGCCAGAGACCCAAACAAACAUUUACCUAUAGCUAGCUAAAUGGUGUUAUUUGUCAUGAACGGCUCUUGUGUGAGGCUGAAUGUAUUAUUUUAAGGAUGACAAUGAUUUCACUGAGCUAUAUUCUACUGUGCGGACAGUUCCUAUUGCUGUUUACGGUGAUUCUGUUACAAUGUCUGGAAGGAAUUCACUCACAAAACUCAUCGACGACGGAGACUCCUGCUGCUUCCUCUGCUCAGGGACCAACAGUGCUCCCUUCCAGCGAGCAGAAUUUGCUCGACGUGAUGAAAUAUGAUAUACCGGUUGAAAGUACGAAUUAUACAGAAAUGUAUGAGUACAGACCCCCAUCACCAGUUGUCCUAUGCAGCUAUCUACCGGAGGAGUUCAUCUACUGUCAAGACCCUGUAGAUCAUGCAGGCAACCACAGUGCCCUUCUGGAGAUGGGCCAUGGUUGUGUUGGGUGGGGUGGCCAGACUCAGAAAGAGGUGAACCACACACCGGUUAUCUGCACUGCACUCGAUGAUAUAGAGUGUGCCGGACCCAGAGAGUUCCUCAGAGGAAACGUACCCUGCAUCAAAUACACCGGACACUAUUUCAUCACCACACUGCUGUACUCCUUCUUCCUGGGUUGUUUUGGGGUUGAUCGUUUCUGCCUGGGUCACACAGGAACUGCGGUUGGGAAGCUGCUCACCCUGGGAGGGCUGGGAAUCUGGUGGUUCGUGGACUUGAUCCUCCUCAUCACUGGUGGCCUGAUGCCCAGCGAUUACAGCAAUUGGUGCACCUACUACUGACAGUGGCGACAGAGUGUGACUAAGGCCACUUCUCGCUCAGAUAUUAUCAGUUAAAUAUUGAGAACUCCAGGGAAUGGCCCUCCCGUGGAUAUGAAUCUGUGAGUCGGGUUGUUCUAAGAGGAUUUACUGUGCAAAGCAGUGUCCAGGGACCUCCUGUGGACUCCUGCAGGGUUCCCACGGCUCCAGAGAAAAAUAAUUUGAUUGUUUUCUAAUCUUAUUUACCUGAAAUUUAUCACUUUGAGAAUGCGUAAGAAUGACUCACAGCUUUCGCCUGAACAACUGAGAUAAUAGUAUGACUUAGCAGUAAUUUGUCUAUUAAUGUCCUUUUUUGCACCUGUCAUUCAGAUUAUAUGUUCUGGACCAAGAAAAAAAGUGUUACCAUGGUUACCAUGCAAUUUCUUGAAUAUCAGUAGGCGGUUUAAUGGUCUACUUCUUGAAUUCCUGCUCAAGUCAUAAACAUAACAUCCGAGAGACCCUCCUAGACCUCUUAAACCACUUUGGGUGCAGACUCUGGAGCAGUCAAUUCGUGGCAUGAAGGCAAAAUAAGCCAACUUCAUCAUCUUGUGAUAGUAAAUUUGCGAUUGGGAAUAAAAACAAGGUACAUGGCACCCACUUUAUUCUCCCUUUCUGCUUGUUUGUAUGUAAUAUCAAAGCUCCACUGUCUAGAUUUGAAUUAGUUGUCGGCUACUUUAUGAGCUCUUUGUGACAUCAAACACAUAGAGCAGUUAUCAUUUUUCAUAUAGUUCUCUUUGUGGGUCCAUGUAGCAAUAAUCACACAAGACGGCAGCAUCAAAAAUGUCCAAUCAAUGCUUACAGUUAUUGGUUCAUUUAGAAUUAAUUCACAAGUCAGCGUGACCAUGAACCAGAACAAAGAGGCGACAGCACGUCUUUGUUUUCUUGCUGAAUGAACUGAAUUGCAGGUAUGAAAGUGAGCUGAAAUCCUUCAAAAUGUACUGACGGUGAAAAGUAAAGCACAUCAGGAUGUGUUGCUCCAAUCUGAGAAUUAGCCCUCAUUUCCUGGAAAGUUUAAGGAUGUAAUGAAUGUCUGGCGUAAAACUGUGAGCAGAACAGAAAUCAGAAUUCGGUCUCAGUGUUCAGUGGAAUCUGUGUUUUCUUGAUCUCCAGACACAUACUGUAGAGUGAUGCAGCCUAGUUGACAGUCACUGCUCAUACAUAAUAUUUCAUACAAACCAAGAGUCCUCUAAGCAGUCUUAGAAAUAUCCUACAAUUUCCUGAGUGCAACUUCCUAUACAUUAUCCUGCAGUUACCAUCAUAGCCUUCGUUCUUCAAAUUAGCAAACAGCACAGCUGUGACCCCUUACUGUCUGCUUCCACUGGAGGCGUCCUGACUUUGCUUUCUCUGCUGUAUUAAUGUGUGCCAAGACUCCUCAGACCGAUUAACAGUACUGUCUCAAGCAAGUAGAAACUCAAAACUCAAGAUGACUCAUGUUUCAUGUUUCACGUGUUGACAAAGUGAUGAUUUAAUGGUUAUCGUCUUGAGGAAGAUUUUGAAAUCGGCUCUCAUGCUAAUUUAAAAAAAAUGAAUUUUGAUCUUCACUGACUCUCCCUUGCUGGGCUUAGAUCUGACAUUAAAUAUUCAAGUCUUCAUCUUCCACUUUGUUCACUUUCUCAUCUUUACCCCAAUUGAAGGUUUAUGUGCUCUUUCACAGAUCAGGCAGGUUUAAUUACCUAAGAAUCAAUAAAAUCCUUUUAGGUCGUAAGAAUUGAUCGUCAGCAUGGCUAACCUUUCUCAUCCAGCAGCAAUUUACUUCCAGUUGGCUCAACGUCUUUUGAAGGAGGAAACAUUCAGAAACUGCUGUACAUACUGCAGAUUUCCACGUAAUUCACAAUAUGGUAAUUCAUAUGUUUACUUUCAUCCCUGUGUAAAGAACAUGUACAGAGUUGUUCACACAUUAAGUCAUUCUGUUAUUCUGAGUGUAAUUUAUUGCUCUAUUUAAUUUUCAAACCUAAGUCCAGCUCUGCAGAAUUGCGUUAGUAUAAAAACUGAAACAGUGUGUUUGUGCCUCUUUGGAAACCUUAAUUUUCUGGAGCCUCUUGGCCUUGUAAUAUAAUGUUUGUGUAUAUAUAAUGUUGAUCUGACCAACAGAAGCUUUUAUACUGUAUUCUUUAACUUCAGUGCUCUCCACUAUUUAUUUGUUUGCAUGGUGUGUUUUAUGUGUAGAGUCAGACAUGUUACUGGACAUUUCUCUUGAGUCUUAUGUUGAUUUUCCUUUUCAAAUGAUCCCAGUAGGCUUGUUUCCCCUUAUAUCAAAUGAAAACUCAAGAAUAAAACAUAUUCCAUUGGAGAUUAAGUUGAGUACUCGAUUAAUGAAGGUUAUACCAGAUUGUUCUUCAGCUGGUAAGAAGGAAUCCAAAGUGUCUUGUGCUGUCCACAGUUGUUCUGGCUCAAUAAAAGAUAUCUGGCA